UUAUCGAUACAAAAAAAUUCUUUUACUUCAAUCAUUUGUGAGCUGUGAUCCCUUACAUUUAAAUUCUGUCACUGAAGCAAAAACCGAUAAUGGGAAGCGAUCGAAAAUCGAAGAGAAAUAGUUAUUCUUCGCCUUCUGAAUCUGAAGAAGAGAAGAAAAGCAAGAGGGAGAGAACAAUAGAUGAUGAAGAAAAGAAGAACCGGAAGAGGGAAAAGAAAGAGAAAAGGAAGCAUUCCAAAGAUAAAUCUGAUAAGGAGAAGAAGUUAAAAGACAAGCACAAAAGUAAACGCAGCAAAGGUGAAGGCAAUAUGGAAUUCCAAGAAUUGUCCAGUGAUGAUUAUUUUGCUAAGAAUAAUGAAUUUGCUACCUGGCUGAAAGAAGAGAAGAAUGUGUUUUUCUCUGAUCUAUUAUCUGAGUCAGCACGUGAGCUGUUUGCAGAAUUUGUCAAAGCUUGGAAUAGAGGAAAGCUUGAAUCGAAUUAUUAUGAAGGCAUUGCAUCCGCGCCACGCACAUCCCAUAACUGGAAGAUCAAAAAGUAGAUCAGUUAAAUGAGCAGUCAUUUUGAUCCAAUCUCUGUAGAGCCUUUGUUUAGAUUUCCUUUCUAACAGUAACAACUGACUUGAAACUCAGUAAAAAUAUAGAUGUUAUUUUAUCUGUAUAAAUUGCACACAUGCAUCAAAUUCCGACUGUCGGUUGUUCAUUUCCCCGAAAAGAAAAGACGUAAAGAGCAGAGAACAGAUGGAGAUUUUUUUUUUUGGCAAAUGAUAGUGGGUGUUAUGUUAGGGAUAGAACCUUCUAUAUCUUUAUCACUCCACUCUUUAACUCUUCUAUCUCAAUUAUCAAGUCAAAUUUAUAUCCUCUCAUAGAAUCGAUAGAGUUAAUGUCACUUCCCUUGUCUUUUGUGUGAAUCAAUGUGACUGAUUUUGUGAAUCAGCAAGGGUGCUCGACUAAUGUAUGACUAUUUUUAGAAAUGUUAUGAACAUGUCUGUCAUAU